CAUUUUUCUAAUCUAAAUUUCAAUCAAAAUUAGAACUUGAAUUACUUUUGCACAAAUUAUCAACUACUUAAUUUCUGAAAUCAACUGAAAAAAAAAAUUUCAAGAAGUGGAGUAGCCAUGGACAACAACAACAAUGAACAAUCCUUUUGGCAAUUCAGUGACCAACUAAGGCAUCAAGCAUCAAAUUUAGCGAAUCUUUCUCUAAACGAUUCCAUUUGGAGCAACAAUAAGAGACCUGAUCAAAGGAGAAACUUUGAUGUCAAAAACAAUGGAAUUUCUGAUAUCAACAACACCGUCACUAAUUUCACUUCAAAACAAAGUGAUUUCAAUGAUGGUUGGAAAAUGAACAACAAUAUUUCUAAUGGAACCUUUUUCUCCGUGCCACAAAAUAAUAAUUCUCUUAGUGGCUUCAACAAGGGAAUUUAUUCAUCUCCUUAUGUUAACAACAACCUUAACAAUAUCAACAACAACCUUAAUAGCAUCAAUCUCAAUGGUUACAAGUCAGGUUUUAAGGGUAGUGAUGAGUUUCAAAUACCAAAAGGUGUCAAGAAAAAUCCCAACAUCAACAACAACAACAAGAAGCAUGGAGACAACACUGAUGUCACCAAAACUUCUGCUGACAAGAAAUUCAAAACCCUGCCACCAUCUGAGUCCUUACCUAGGAAUGAAACCAUUGGAGGAUAUAUCUUUGUUUGCAACAAUGAUACCAUGGCAGAGAAUCUCAAAAGACAGAUCUUUGGUCUGCCUCCAAGAUACAGAGAUUCUGUUAGAACAAUAACUCCAGGGUUACCCCUUUUUCUGUACAACUAUUCCACCCACCAACUCCAUGGUAUUUUUGAGGCUGCAAGUUUUGGAGGAUCUAAUAUUGAUCCAACUGCUUGGGAGGAUAAGAAAUGCCCUGGUGAAUCCCGUUUCCCUGCUCAGGUACAAGUGAUCACUAGAAAAGUUUGUGAGCCAUUGGAAGAGGAUUCCUUUAGACCAAUUCUUCACCACUAUGAUGGUCCUAAGUUUCGUCUUGAACUGAGUGUGUCUGAGGCACUGUCUCUCCUUGACAUUUUUGCAGAUCAGAAUAGUUUCAAUGACAUUUUCAAAGCUAUACCGGCAUAAAAUGGUAGAAAUUAGAGACAAUACAACAACAUAAAGUUAUGAAGAAAAUAGAAAAUGAAGACUUUGGACUUGUAGAGAGGGUCCAAAGAUAAUGCAAUGAAUAUGGUGGAGGAAGAUUGGAAAUUCAGCCAAUAUAUCAUAUAUGUAUGAUGAAUAAUGGUUCUAGUACUAUCUGUAUAGAGGCUGUUAAUUAUGCCUAAUUUCCCCCAAUUUUCUGGGUGUAUAUGAACAUCACAUAAAAGAACAUACAAUAAGAAUGAACUAAUUAAGCUUAUAGCUAUUAUGAUGUACUCUAAACUACAAAUUGAGGCUUAAUAGAAAGAAAAGGUCUGCAUGUGGCAGCUUUAUAUAGUGUCUGCUUUGAAGAAA